CGUGUAAACCAGGAAGUCGCUAAGAGAGAAGUGUUGUGUUGGCAUUCAGGAGAAAUUUGGAGCAAAGUACAAUUAAACUGUCAAUUCUUUCGACCCGCGCGUCCACAUACAUCAGCCCGGCGUUUCGUAAUGCAGAAACACCUCAACUGAGCGACAUUUUCUCUCGAUAAAAAAGAGCAGUGCUGACGAAGGAGGAUGGGGAAGAAGGAUGCCUCUGCCACCAGGUUACCGGUUGAUCAGUACAGAAAACAGAUUGGUAAGCAGGACUACAAAAAGACGAAGUCAGCCUUGAAGGCCACACGGCUGAAAGCUGAAGCAAAGAAGAGUUCCUCUGGAUUUAGGGAUGCUUUCCUGGUCAUCGCAGCAAUCCUGUUAUUUGUCCUCUGUGUCUACGCCUUCUUCUACCUCAACCUGAGCACUGAGAUUAACCUGGACCUGGAUGUGGAUUAAUGUGCCGAUGAUGUCUCGUCUCUCUGCAUCAUACACGAGGACCGGAGACAGCCUGUCAGCUUUUUUAUACACUUUCGGUGGCACGGUGACGAUGAACUGCCUCUUCAGGAGAAAUGAGACAAUGCAUCACUUUUCAGGCCAUUUUUUGGCAUUGAAUUUCUUCUUUUCUUGUCUAUUCUGCACGGGAGCACUCAUACUGUAAUGAAUAUUGUAAUGACAUAUAUGUUCGGGUGCUUUCACACCUGUCGUUUGGUUCAUUUGGUCCGCACCAAGGGGAACAAUUAUGCAUUUCAGUUAGGCUCCAGUUUCUGAUCACACAAAACACAAUCAAGAGGAGUAAACAUGAAGUUACACAGAUUAAAAAGGUAAUUUAUUGAUUGGAAAGUGCUUGUGAUUGUCAUCCUGCAUCAUCAGGACCCAUAUAUUAUCAUCUAUACAUGGCCUAAUAUGGAUCAAUUAAAAGAUUGCUUCCAGAAUAGAUUUUAGCAGAUUUUUAGACAUUUGUAAUACAUUUUUAGUAACUCCUGCUAAAAUCACAUAUUUGCUAUCAUAACAUCCUGUUGUUGCUUCAUUUGCUUUCACACCUUGACGGCGAUGACCUUCUCAGUCUCACUUUAGUUGUUUGGUCUGAACCAGGUUUCGAUUGGCAGCUUUCACAUCAGCCCAAAUGAACCAUGCUAACCAGGAAACACCUGCGUUUGUUUGAACCAAACAAGUUCGGUGUGAAAGCACUCUUCGUUUCUAUUCUUUCCCCGUGCCUGGAUCUUUGAGAGCUUUGCCUCUCAGUGACCUCUUCCUCUGUGGAACUUGCAUGACAAGAGCAAAGGAAAUUAGCCUCUAUUUUUUUUAAAAACAAAUCUUCCAAACUACAGUCGACACCAAGCCUCUGUUAAUCAUAUUCUGCGGAGUCACGUCCCACUGUUUUCUCCACUAAUAGAAAAAUGUAAAUCUCCAACUGAACCUCUCGUCACAUCGAGACAAACACUUGCCUCACAUUCCAGUGCACAAACCUCUCCUCCCGGAUAUCUGGAGAUCACAAAGUGUGAGAUUAGAAUCCACAAAGCCCUCGCCCUGAUUGAAUGUGUGUGCAGAAUACAGAACAACACAUUCUACCUGCCGCACAUACAUGCAGCACGGAGACAGACAUCCACAGGAUUAGCAUUACAAAUAUGAUCCUGUUCUUUCAUUUGAAUGGAAAUUACAGAGAUGAGUGAUGACUGAAUGGAUGUGAGCCUGUAUGUUUCUCAUAAGGAACACCUUGAUAAUCUUCCGUCUUGUCAAAUAUAUGCAUUGUUGUCCCCUUAAGGAUGUGUCUACAGAUGAAUAUGAAGGUUUGUCAAAGCCUUUUUAUCCCUACUCUUUGUGCACUAGUACUGCAAGGUGCAAGGACUGACCUUCCAUUAACCAUUUCAGUCCGAGUGCUUCUGCUCUUUCAGAGAUUCUUUGUAGCAAAGGAGUGCAGAGUCAGGGGCUUUUUUAUUAAGUCAAUUUGCUUUUUAUGGUUUUGUUUGAAAAUGCCAUUUUUUUUCAUGUCAUUAUCACUUUCUAUUCCAUGUUUUUCUCAGCAAAGAUCGAACUAUCAAUAGCAAUACUGUUCUGAUUUGUUGUUUUGGAUAUGACUCUUUGAUAUUAGUGUAAUACAUAAAAGGCAAAUACCAAAUACACAGGAGGCCUUGU